UGCCAACCUUACAUGAGAAACGUUUGAUCAUUAAAUCAAUUUGCAAGAUAUUUAGGAAAAUGAAUUUUUCCUUGUGUCGUCAUUGUGUGUGAUGAUUGGAUUGUUAUUAUUACAGACAAUAAGUUUCCACUCGUUUCACAGUUGCCUGUCAAUGUCGUGGACUUUAUCGUCUUCGGAAUGGCCUAAUUUGUCGUGAGAUGUACGUGUUUAUGAUUUUGUGUAGACAUGGAGCUGUUAAAUUGCCGUGAACUUGGUGUUAAGGAGUCAAUUUUCAUAACCACAUAGAUUUUGCGAUCGUUUAAAUUAGCAGUUGGCAUCGGGUAAAGUCCCGUCUACGUUAGAGCCUUAUCUCGGAGUUUAAAGUGAAUGAUGCAAAGGAAGAAAGUGACAUUCUUAUGUUUGACAGCAAUCCUAUCCACCAUCUUAUGUGGACAAUUUUUCAAUCAUUUCGUGAUACAGCGAGACGUAUGCAUCCAUUGUGAUAAUGGACCAGAGAAAGGAAUUUUAUACGAAAAUACAUCCCCCGCAAGCGAAAAGAAAAGAUCCGAAAAUAGUUUAGAAGAAAUAUUGAUGAUUUUAGGAAACAUGAACGAAUUGGAAAAAAUUUCGUUCGGUGACGAGUACGAACAGCUGGUCGAGAUCUUAAACAGAAUCAAGGAGAGGCAAAAUUACAAAAAUUUAUUCCCAGCAAACAUGACAGACAAACACGAUGCAGAAACAGCAGAAAUUCAGGAAAUUUGUCCGGAGAAAUUUCUCGGCAAAUCGCUCCUCUACGGUUAUCCUUUUUUCCGCAAAGGUUUUGCCACCUUAAAUUGUUCCCAAUUCAUUUCUCUGCACAAACUAGUUACAUUAAUCUUUGAUGACUUACACUUAUCUUACAUGAAUUCCACCACGCACGAGCAUGUCCUCAGGGGGGUACAUCAACACUUUCCCAGCCUCAAAGUGAUAUUUAUCACAAGAAACAAACCACGAGGGAUCGAUAAAAUCAAAAGUCAUGUCCAAGUGAUGAAUGUCGAAAAGGACUGGAAACUAGGCAAGAUCUGGACAAAGGCAUUGGCCCGCGUGACAACAAAGUACGUCUUGAUUGGUAGAAACCUCGCGAAAUUUGAUGACGACGUAAAUCUUAAGAGACUAAUAAGGAUCUUAAGUCAUAAUCCGGAUGUAGCUAUCACUUCCGGUGCCUAUAGACAACGCAAUGGUUACUGGGAUAGCGGUUGUGAGCAGUUACGAUUACGGAACUUCACUCUAACAUUGCAAGGCGGGUACUUCAUGUCGUCCUGGGAUUGUGUCGUCUGUGAUUACACUCCGGGUCCGUGGAUGGCGAGAAAAAAAGAUGUAAGACUGGAUAAGAAGCUUCAUUUCGGCGUAUUCCGCGAUAUGUUUAUGCGUUUGAAAGAAGAGAAGAAAAUUGUGGUGAGUUGCCCGGAUGUCAUGUUCAACGUAGAAACUUUGAAGCAAGACCAAGAUGCUUGGUAUUUGGACUUUGUCAAAAAACACGAUAUCAAAAAGAUAGUUGAAAGCUCCGGACUUGUGAGAUGUCAGCUCUCUUGUUCACCGAGGUUUGGCUGCAAGCGCGGAGUUGCGCACAGACAAGGAUCGUCGUGUUCAAGACAACGUGGUAUGGCCGUUCCACCAUGUGACCUAGAGAACCUCGCCGAUGCCAUCAAAACGGUUAUGAACGAAUGCGAAAAGGCGGGAUUAUUUUGCGAGCUACAGGAAGGAACAUUGCUGGGUGCUGUCAAACUAAACAAACUUUUACCGUGGGAAAGAGAUGCAGAUAUCACCUUCCAAACAGCCAACUACACCGCUCUCAAAGCUCUUGCACCGACUUUCCAAGCCGCUGGCUUCAGUGUUACUCCAUACGACGGCUCAAUCUGGUGUUGCGUUGACGGCCGGAAGGCUGGUGGAAAGAUUGUCAUGGACGUUGAUCGCUGGAAAAUAGAGUUAUAUGGUCAACAUCUUAUGGAGUCGGAAAUACUCGUCAGCCGCGGAGAAAAGCCGACAAAGGUGAAUUUCGCCGGGGAAAUGAUCACGGUGAUGAAAAACCCGGGACUUUUUGCCCGGAAUCGCUACGGCAGUAUGCUGUAUCGUCAUCAGGAGCAUUGGAUUGAUUUGGGUGCAAAAUCAGGAUGGCAUUUCUAUAAUCCAAACAAGUUCGAAGAAUGUGAGAAACAAGGACAUUCAGGGUGUUUGAACCAGUAUAACACAGAUGGUAAUUUGCAGUUUGAUAUCAACACAUGCCCCUGUGUAUCCCCGCUUAUACAUGAAUGACCAAACAAUAGUGGUUAGAGGACGCUACUCUUAAAUAAUUAUACAAAACAUAUUGUAUGUAAACAGCUAAAAAACUUUAGAGGAUAUCGCCAAUCUGUUAUCUGAAUGGUGAAAUGAUUAAAUAUUAUCAUUAGUUGUUUGA